AUGCUAGUCAACAUUACGAUAAUCCUGGACCGAGUCAUAUCGGAACUGAUUAGUCAUUAUAGAGUAAAAAAAAUGGCCCCAAGCGAACAGGAACAGCAUUUCGAAAAUUUUUUCAAAAUUCUAUACAAACUAUUGAGCAAUAUAAGUUACAAUUCGAAGGAGGAAAAAUAUAAAAUUAUAAAAUUCAGUAACAGUCAAAUUAAAACGUCUUUUUUAACAAAUUGUGAAAUUUUUAAUUUAACAAAAUUGUUAUUUGAGAUAUUAAAUUUUAAUACGAGUAGUUACGGGGUGGGUAUUUCCCCUUCGAGUGAAGACCCCAAUGUAAGGCCCGAACAAAUGGGAGAAGAUAUCGCAUCAUCACCUUACUAUGUAGACCUGAUCUGGAAAUUUGAAGACCCCUUUAGCGACAAAGAGUCUAUACUGUUUGAAUUUGUCCUGACCUCCGUCAAUAUAAUUAUGAAUAUGAUAAAUAAAAAAGUCCCACGCAUCCGAAUGAGUAACGAAAAAAUAUUUCCAUCGGAUGGAAAAACAGAACAGAGAGUAUCACAGGAAAUUGAAAUUUCGAAAAAGUACUUUGAAGACCCGAAGAAGUAUUUGGAAAAAUUAUCAAAUAAUAUUUCUCCCAUAAAUAACAAACUGCUAAUUAUUCAUGAGAAGAACAAACAAGAACAGCAGGCCUUGAGUGACAUUCGUAAAUUACACAAUGAGAAAUAUGCGGUACAUAAAAAUUAUGAAAACGGUAGUGUUGCAUAUGGAAAAAACUCACAUGGCGCAUCCAGCCGGAACAGCACAUCCGCAGCGGGAAGGAUGUACAGUUUGAGUGGAAAAAAAAAAAAUCAUUCUGCGGAUAAUCGUUAUUGUACUGACAAUGAAUUGGGGGAUAAAAAUAGCUUACAGAAGGGCACCAAAAAGAUAAAGCAUUUCUUCAAAAAUUUAUUUAAAAAG